AGGAAAUAGAAAAACAGAGAAGAAGCUCAUGGGUUCUUGGGUUCUAGAUCUAACAUCUCCCCUGAAGAGACCGCACCCUGUGAUGUAAGACCAUGGGAUGACGGUACUGAUAAGAAAGAGCUUGAGGUAGCAUUACCCACUGGACCCCAAAAUCGGAUUCAUGGUAAGACCAUAGUUGCAAUACUGAAACGGAUGUUCCCCAUAUGGCGUUGAUGGUAUGUCGUGAGCAUGAAAUUCUGCAAUUUUUGGUGCGGUCGAAGACAUGGACGGAGCUCCCAUCGAAGACAAUUUUCCAGUGUCCAACUCGGUGCCAAACUCAAUCGCGACGUCCACCUCUCAAUGCCCUGCGUGGCGUCGCCGAUGGACACCGUCACCGAACCUGCCAUGGCCACUGUUGGCGGGGUCAUAAUCACCCACUCCAGCAACUCCGCUGCGGAGGGAGCGGCGUUGGUCCAAUUCCUCCAAGUCGCAGCGCGUUCCUUUCGUGCUGGAUCCAUUUGUGAAGCCCGCGUUCUAUUCGGUGGAUUCGACUUCAGAUUCCAGUUCUGUGUCGUGCGCUCUGAUGCCGGAAUCGGGGACAACAAGGUCGAAGAUGUCGGGAGUGGUGUUGAGGUCCCAUUGGAAGGAAUUGAUGGACAAGAGAGUGAAGGUUUGUGAGUGUAUGAUGUGUUCUCCGGAGUUGGAUCCGGCUAGCUAUGUUUUUGAGCAAGUGGCGGGGUAUCUGGCUGCAAAGAAGCUCAGUUUUGUGCUGUUGGUAAAGGAUGAUGAGUGCGUGCCCCACUCCUACAUGGCCAUGGCCAUGGCCACAGCACCACCUAAAA